CAUGGAUCUCCAGGGCAUUGUAUUUUAAAAGCUCUUUAUAAAUUCCUUCUUAAAAGCAGUUUGGCUUCUUAUUGCUGCUGCCGGGAUUGGGAAGCAGCUCUGGUGGGUAGGAAACUUCUUGGUUUUCCCCCCAAACCUCAUCCUCACACAGUUCUUUGCCAGCUUGGCCUUACACCAUGAGGACACCUCCCAGCUGGUGUUUAAUUUGGUCUGGGCCAACCAGAAUGAGGAUCUGAAUGAGGUCGUCCCCAUUUUGCUGGCUUAGACUGAGCUUUCAUGGGGGGACAGACUGGGGAAAGUCUGUCUGAUUGAGUCCUUAAGCUGCUGUCCCAAAGCUUUGUGGUGUUUGCUUGGAUGACGUGUUUUGGCUUGGGCUGCAGAGCUGCAAGUCAAGCCUGAUCACAGUGGCUUCCCUGUGUCUCUUGGCUCCCCAUGUGCUGCUGAGGGUUCAUAAGGAAUGGCAAAAGGCUGCUCCUCAGCCAUGCCCAGGUGUCUCUCUGCCUGGCAGAGGUGCUGGGGAUCUCCUGGCUCUGCUGUGCUCGUGCUUGCUGCCUGCUUAGCCCUUAUAAAAUCAUUUUACAGCAUUUUAUUGGUGCCUCCAGCAGGCUCCUGCUGGAGGGGCUGACAGACUGCUGGAUGUGGGUGUGAAUGAGCAGUUCAAAGUGGUUUGUGUGUGAGAAGAACUUCUCUGAAGCCCUGAUUCAGCCUUGCUCUGGCUCUACUUGGCCAGACCAUCAAAGCCAAGUGCGCAUCUUCCGCACGCUCCUACGGCCCCCAGGGCUUUUCUGCCACUUCAAACCAGCCAUGUGCUUUGAAAUACAGCCGUGGGGCUUUAAAACACGAGGGGGAGAGUGGUGUCUGGAGCAAAUAACCUUUCCCUGCUGUGUCUGGGAGGAAAAGGGACCGGCUGGUGGGCUGGGUUAACCUUAUCAGUGCCUGCCACUCAUUUACCCUCUGUCAUGGCAACAUGAGCAAACACUCACUCAGUUGCCAAGGUUCCCCAGGGAUAAUGGGGUCUGGCAGGAGCAGGGAGUGAUUACACUGCUUCCUUUGAGGGAGCAGCCGCUGGAAGGGAAAAACGGGCCAGCAGGUACCUGGGAAUCCUGGGGGAGGUGACACCCCAGGAGCAGGUGAGGGCUCUGAGGAAUUGAUGCUUCGUGGGCACCCGUAAUGAGCUGGUGCAGGCUGUGCUGUCACUGCAUGAGGAGGUUUUUCUGCUGCCAUGAGUGCCCCAGUGUCAACCCUUCAGCUUUAAGUUUGAUGUAGUCAAGGUGUGACCCUGCCACCCCUCCCCAGGCUGGGGCCAUGGCUGACAUGAUUUUUGGCAGCGGGACGGGCCCCUGGGUUUGCCCCAACGACCGGCAGCUGGCCCUGCGAGCAAAGCUCCAGACGGGCUGGUCGGUGCACACAUUCCAGACUGAGAAGCAGAGGAAGAUGCAGGCUCUGAGCCCGAAGGAGCUUGAGGUCAUCCUGGGAGUCAUCCGCAAGGCAGAGAGAUUGGACAUGGUGGAGCAGCAGCGCAUCGGGCGCCUGGUGGAGAGGCUGGAGAACAUGAGGAAGAACGCGAUGGGGAACGGCCUCUCGCAGUGCCUGCUCUGUGGGGAGAUGCUGGGGCUGCUGGGCAGCUCCUCUGUCUUCUGCCAGGACUGCAAAAAGAAAGUUUGCACCAAGUGUGGGAUAGAAACUGUUGGAGCCCAGAAACGCCCUCUGUGGUUGUGCAAGAUCUGCAGUGAGCAGAGAGAGGUCUGGAAGAGGUCUGGGGCGUGGUUCUACAAAGGGCUGCCCAAGUACAUCACGCCCUUGAAGAGCAGCGCUGGCAGCAAACCCCUGGAGCUGCAGCCACAGCCCUGGCAGGGCGAGGCGGCCGUGCUGGAGCCCGAGGGCGUCAGGAGCAGCCGCUCCUUCACCUGGGCCAGGGGAAAAGUGGUUUCCAGUGACAGUGAGAGCGACUCGGAGCUCAGUUCCUCCAGCCUGGAUGACAAGCCCAUCCCUGCGGGAUCAAAAGGCUCCCAAGGGAGAAAGCUCCAAGCAGGAAUGGCACCCACGAGGGGACCCAGCCAGGCCAUGAGCAGAGCCCUGGGGAUCCCCCAGCCCCCCACGCUGUCGGGGAGCCACAGCAGCCUGGGCAGCGAGCAGGGGGUCGAGCUCAGCCCCACAGAGAGUGGCCAGAGUGACCAAGCCUCGGACAGGCGCGACAGCGAUGCCGGCACCAGUGCCCCUGGCAAACGACGGCUCCAUGCCAGAACACGACUCUGAUGGAGGAGAAGAUGGAGCUGCUUUCUCCUGGAUCCAGCACUCCCAUUCCAUAGACUUCACUCCAGACAGGGACUGCUGCCGGGGCCGAC